CCACACACUAUUCGGGACUUCAGUCGCCGUUGAGACCGCGACAGCGCCGCGACUCGAACCAAUUAUAUACAUAUACCAAUCAGUGAUCACUGAUUUCAAAAAAAGGAAAAAGGCCGGUCAUUCUCUCUCUCUCUCUCAAAAGAAAAAAAAAAAAAAAAAUCAUUAAUUAUUAUUUAUAAAUAUAAAAAUCUCCAAAGAUUUAUGAAAAUAUUUCUUCCCCCUCUCUAUCUCUCUCAAAUCAAAGAAAAAAUUUAUUUUCUUCUAAAUUUUCUUAUUUUUGCACAAUAAAUAAAUUAAAAAUUUACCAACAAUAUCAAUUUGAAUAUUAAAAAUUUUUUCCAAGGAAAAAAAAAUCAUUAAAUGAGUAAAAAAUAAUUCAAACAAAUAAUAUUUUAAAAAAUCAAAGAAAUAAUAUUUAAAAAAGUAAUUCAAAUAAAUAAUACUUUUAAAAAAAUAAGAAAAUAAUCUUUUAAAAAAGCAAGGAAAUAAUACUUAAAAAAAAGGAAAUAAUAUUUAAAAAAAAAAAUCAAAUAAAUAAAAAAAAAAUAAAUCAAGAAAACAAUAUUUGAAAAAAUAAUUCAAACAAGUAAUAUUAAAUAAAAAAUAAUAUUAAAUAACAAAAAAUCCAAAUUUUAUUGAAAAAAUAUUAUUUUCCCAUUUAAGAAAACAGUUUCCGAUUGCCCAUUAGUUUUUUUUUGUUUUUCUUUUUCUUUUAAAAAAAAGCGAAAGUAAUUGGAGAUUUUUUCUUCCAAUCCCAACCCCCUCAAUCAUCAUCGUUAUUAUCAACCCAUAAAAUGAGAGUGUACCGAAUUGUUUGAAAUUUUACCGAGAUAUUGUGGGAGAAAAAAUAUAAAACGAUCACAAAAAAAUAAAAUUAUACAGAGAAUAAAAAAAAAAAAAUUACAAGUGAAAAGCACGUGGAAAAUAAAUCGUGAAUUGUUGAACACAAAAAAUUUGGUGAAUUUUCGGUAGACACAAAAAAUCGUGAGAUCAUCUAAAUAAUAAGAAAAAUAAAAGGGGGGAGGGAGAAAAUAGAAAAAAAAAUUUUUUUUUUGAAAAUUUGAAAACAAACGAAUUUGAAAAGAAGAGGAAAGAAAAUUUUUCUUCAAGAUUGUCGUGUGUUGUUGUCGAAAAAAAGAAGCGACAUCGGGCCCGGAUGCUCGCAAGAACGAGACGCCGAAGACGCUGUCACGUUGGAAGGGAAAAUAUUUACAGCCGUCAACAAGUUUCUAACAUCCCCUUUGAUUAACAGAGUCAAAAACCUUAUGACACGUCAAACGAGUGGUGCUGGAAAUAACGACGAAGACGAGGAGGAAGCGGGUGGUUGUUCGUCAACAAAAACGUUGACGCCACAUAUAUCGCCCACAGAACGUGGACCCAUCGAUGCAAUGGGUUCACUUAAAACAAUAUUCAUUGAUCCAUUGGCAGUUAGAUUGCAAAAUUCCGAUGAGCAUCGUGUAAAAACAAUUUUACAACGUGAAUCGUCAAAUUUUGUUGAUUUAACAUCAUCGAGUUCAGUAACGGCCAUUGAAUCAUCCUCAACAUUAACAAAUAGAAUUUCCGCUAACGUAAUUUUUAACUUACCUGCAUCGCCUGAACGUGUUGUCACAAAGAAAAUGCCAGCAAUUUCAAAGUCUCAAAUGAAGGAAUUUAGAGAAGCCUUCAGGCUCUUUGAUAAAGAUGGAGAUGGCAGCAUCACGAAAGAGGAACUUGGCAGAGUUAUGCGUUCCUUAGGCCAGUUCGCAAGAGCCGAAGAACUUAGAACAAUGUUACAAGAAAUAGACAUUGACGGCGACGGAAAUGUGAGCUUUGAAGAGUUCGUGGAAAUCGUCAGCAAUAUUGGAGGAGCGAGUGCAGCAGCUCCUCCUGAUCAAGAUCAAGAAGAACAAGAACUUCGUGAUGCCUUUCGGGUGUUUGACAAACACAAUAGAGGGUACAUCACAGCAUCUGAUCUCCGAGCCGUUUUACAAUGUUUAGGCGAGGAUCUUUCCGAAGAAGAAAUCGAAGACAUGAUAAAAGAGGUAGACGUUGAUGGCGACGGUCGUAUCGACUUUUACGAAUUUGCACACGCCUUAGGCGAGCCAGGAAUAGAUGAGGACGAGGAGGAUGAGGAAGAGGAUCCUCAAUCACCCACUUUUUGAAGAUCACAAAACUAUUGAUUAUUAUCCUCUUCAAGUCCAUCUAAAUUUCAAAAGUGACUCAAAUUUUACACACAAAAAAAUGUCUUAUUUUUCAUUUUUAAAUAUUUAUCAAAUUUUCUUUUUUUUAAAAUUAAUUUCUCAAAUUAACAAUUUUUCGCAAUCGUUUUUCAUUUUUUUUAUCAAUUACAAAUUCAACAAUCACAGUUUUAAAAUUUCAUCUAAUAAAAAUAAUUAUUCUAUUUUGAUUAUUUUAAUAAAAAAAAAAAAUUUUUUUAAUUUAAACUUCUUUUUUUUAUUAAAAAAAGAAAAAAAAUAGAAAUUGUUAUCUAUAUAAAAAAAAAUUUUAAUUCAAUGUAUAAAAAUUUGGUAUUAUUUAUAUUGGGGGAAAAAAACUAUAUUUCCACAUAUAUGUGGUGGGAUGGUGAAAUUAUCAAUUUCCUCUAGAAACAUAAUCGAGUUUGGCUCAAAGAGAAAGUAAAGUUCGCGAGUUGAAAGGAAAAAGCAAAUAAGUUUCUUCAGGAGAUGUAAGAGACGUUUUCCUAUAAAUUAUCGAAUGUGCUUCGAUGCGUCUUUCUAAAUACACGUUCAACGUUCCAUAAGAUUUAUAUUACGAGCUUUACGACAGAGUCGCUACUGUGGUUUGAAAGGAAAAAAAAAAAAAAAAAAAAAAAAAAAAAAAAAAAAAAAAAAAAAAAGUAUAAGAAAAAGAAAAGUAUGUUCUCCCUUUGCCACCUGUAUACGUGGAGCUAUUAUGGGGUUUAGAGAUCCGUUAUAGGUGUGCAUGUGAUGAAAAUCUCGAGAUUUAAAACAUCGAUAUCAUAAAAUAAAAAAAAAGCCAAGAAUUAUUGCGAAUAACGUAGAUUAUGUUUUUCAAUAUUUCUUUCCACAUUAUUAAAUAUUAAAAAAUUUUUUUGUUCACAAAAAGAAACUUAUUUUCGAAAAUUUAAUUUUAACAAACAAAUUCAAAACAAAAUAAAUAAAUAAAUAAAAUCUAAUUCCAUUUGAUAAAUGAAAAAUUCAUUUUUUAUUAACAAAUUCAAAAAAAUUAAUUAAUGAAAUUUUUUUUCAAUUUUUUUUUCAAAUUUUUUUAAUUUUCCAAACUGUGAUUGUUGAGACUUUUAAAAAUCUUUCGAAAUAAAAAAAAAAAUUUCAAAAAUAGCGAGAUCAUGAAAAAUAAUGGACUGAAAAAAGUAUGUUAAUGCAAUUUUUUUUUUCAAGUUUAUUACAUUAUGUUGAGGAGAAACGCUGAUAAGUUUACUCGACGUGUGUCAAUGAGCUGACGAACAAGAUUAAAGAAAAUGGACCACCGGCAACUUUAAGAUCUAUAUCUUUGCUGGUGGUUGACUUUUAAACUUUUGACUUUAUAUAUACACUUUAAAUGACAUAUCUGCAAUUUCGUCUAUUAACAAAAAAAAAAAGAAAAAAAAAAAAAAAAGAUUUCGCUCUCAUCUCGUGUAAUAGUAGAUAGUUAAAUAA